CCGCGGUCACACUGGUCGAAACAAAAACAAAAAUUUCGGCGGGAAAAUAGUAAACAAAGAUUAAAAUGAUGCCGGAGGAUGCACAGGAAUGGCGAAAAGCUAGACGCUUCGUCAAGGAGCGCCUGCAGCGGGACUACACAACUCUGCGGGGCUACAAAGAGGAGCGCUCCAACGUGCGCCAGUUGCUGCAGCGUACCGCGGAAAUGGGCGAAUCGAACUCCUUGCUGUUGAUUGGGCCGCGCGGCGCUGGAAAAACCACACUCAUUAAUGCCGUGCUGACAGAUCUGCUGGUCAACCAAUCGUUCGUGGACAACACGCUGAUUGUGCACCUGGACGGGAAUCUGCAUACAGACGAUCGCAUUGCCCUGAAGUCCAUUACGGUGCAGAUGCGGCUGGAGAAUGCAGCCGACGGCAAGGUAUUUGGCUCGUUCGCAGAGAAUUUGGCCUUCCUGCUGCAAUGCCUAAAGGCGGGAGACAAGAAAUCCAAGAGCGUUGUGUUUGUCCUGGAGGAAUUCGAUCUGUUUUGCACACAUCACAACCAAACGCUGCUGUACAAUCUCUUUGACGUCUCGCAGUCGGCCCAGGCACCGAUCUGUGUGCUGGGAGUGACAUGCCGCCUGGACGUUAUCGAGCUGCUGGAGAAGCGCGUCAAGUCACGGUUCUCCCACAGACAAGUGUUUCUGUUCCCCAGUGCCGACCAGUUUGAGGAGUACACAAAGCUCUGCCAAGAGCUCCUCUCGAUACCCAGCAACAGUGAGCUAAAGGUCAGUGCCGACCGCAUCGACAGCCUGGAACUGCUCAAAUCGGAGGCCCUCAAUUUUCAUCGCAACCACUUCGAUGCCGUGGAGUACGAGUUCGACAACAAAUUCGUUGAAAACUGGAACAAGCACCAUGCUAAAAUGCUCAAAUCCGCGCAGGCUCAAAAAAGUCUUCAGAUGCUGUACGAUUUCGACAUCAGCGAGGCAUUCCUUAAGAACUUCAUAUUUCGUCUGGUGGCGCAACUGAAGCCAGACGCUCCCCACAUCACUGUCGACCAGCUGACGGUCCUGGCAGCCCAAUACGAGGGCGAUGACAAGAUCGACCUGCUCUGCGGCCUCUCUGUGCUGGAGCUGUGCCUCAUCAUAGCCAUCAAGCAUCACUCGGAGAUCUACGAUCGGGAUCCGUUCAACUUUGAGAUUGUAUUCGGGCGCUUCUCCAAAUUUGCCAAGGUCUCGACCACUAUGCAAAGCGUGGAGCGUUCGAUUGUCCUGAAGGCGUUUGAGCACUUGCGAAUCGGGGAGCUGAUCAUGCCGCUCUCAAACAGCGGCGUGGGCAAGGUGCAGAAGGAGUUUGAAAUGCACAAAAUGGCAUUGACUUAUGGCCAGAUUCAGCAGGCGGUUCAGCGGUACCAGGCCUUGCCCACAGAAGUGGCCCAAUGGGCGCAGAGCUCGCUCAUCUAGUAAGAGGGAUCGUUUUUUAUCCAAAAAAUUCCUUAAUUGUUUAUCCUAUUUAUGUAAUAAAUUAUGUUUUUAUA